AAACAUAUAAAUAUGUUCUUCUUUUUUUUUUCCUUAAAAAACUUCAACGUAUUUUUUGUUCUUCUUCUACAUUGUUCUUUCCAUCAUCUGGAUUCUGGAAUCUCAUCUCAGUGAGGUUUAGAUAAGGAAUAUGCAGAAGGGUAGAGAAGUUCAAGAUAAUGUUUUUGAACCAAGUGGAUUUGGAGAUUUUGGUUUCCAUAGAAGUAUGAUGAUGCCAAGUGUUUUUGGAGGAAGAGAUCCAUUUGAUGAUCCUUUUUUCAGUGACCCGUUUGGCAGAAUGCGGGAUCCAAGUUCUGCUUCGUCGAGAUCAACCCAGAAGUAUAGGGAAAAAGGAGUUGUUAUAAAAGAAUUAGACUCUGAUGAUGAGGGCACUGAUAAUUUUGAUGAGAAAAUAUCUAGGUCUACAAUGGAGCCAUCUAUCGAGCAUCCAGAUGAUGAUGUUAAUGAGGGGGAAAACAGCGGUGUAACUUACAAGAAUGAUCAUCACAAGUCAAAAGAACCUUCAAAGGACCACAAUCGUAAUAUGUCUUUUCAGACUAGCAAAGUAACGUAUGGUGGUAUAGAUGGUGCUUAUUAUACUUCUACUAGAACCAGAAGGAUGGGGGCUGAUGGGGUGGUGAUGGAGGAAAGCAAAGAAGCUGACACGACAACAGGCGAAGCAACACAUAGAAUCACUAGAGGAAUCAAUGAUAAGGGUCAUUCAGUUUUGAGGAAGCUUGACUCAGACGGGAAGGUUGGUACGACACAGACGCUGCACAAUCUUAAUGAAGAUGAGCUUGCACGCUUUGAGGAUGCAUGGAAAGGAAAUAAUCUAGGGACGUUACCCGAUUACGAUGCUAUUAGGAAGAAAGAUUCUAGAGUUGGUGAGGUAAAUAAAAACAAGGUUUGGUCACUUCCAUCUUUGGAGCAAGAUAAAAGAGCAAGAGGAUUUACAUCAAAUUAUGAAACAGGGAACAAUUCUGGGGGAAGAACAAAGAAAGUUGUUAGAAUCAAUAUUGAGUGAAUAGUAAGACAUGCUAGUCCAUUGCUUGUGAUUUUGUAUCUAAAACGUAGAAGUAAAAUGAGGUGUUGUAUGGUGUUUUUUAGCUAGCAUCAGAAAAACUACAAGAUCAUAUGUAGAACUAAUGACUUGUAUCAUUAUAUGUUUGUUUUUUGAGUGAUGGUAUUGGUAUAUGUUGCAAA